AUGGACAGCAGCCAAAUGACGAUGCCUCAAACUAAGCCUCGUGGCCGUCCACGCCUCAAACAAGGCCCCACCAAACCUUGGAAGAAGUACAGCAAUGUCCACGUAUCGUUCGCGGUGAAGCAAGCAGUCAUCGAGACCUUUGACGGCGUUGGGAUGGCGGCGACACUUGCUAAGCACUUCUCCCAUCCCAGUGGCGCCAAGUUGGUCUCUACUCGUAAGAAGCUGUACUCCUGGCUUAUACAGCGUGAUCACAUUAGGUCUAAAACAUCUAAUCCUAAGACUUCGCGUCACCUCUGUUCACGAGCGAUUGGCAUGGCGACAACGCUAUCGAAGGAGUCCAAAGAGCAGCUUGCUCAAUUGGUCAACUCAAUGCGCACUGGCGGUGUUCCGGUGACCCCUCUAAUGAUUCAAGUCAUGGCCUUGGAGAUGACAAUUCACGUCGGAUUGGACGAAAGUGCCUUCACCGCAAGCUGGUCAUGGCUCCAAGGCUCAAGAAGUGAUACAAGUUUGCCCUGCAUACUCAGCCUCGCACCGGGCAAGAUACUCAAGGCGACGGUGCAACGACACUGGACCAGUUCGCGGCUCGUGUUGCUUAGGUGUUCCGUCACAACAACGUCGACGUCAUAUACAACGCGGAUCAGACCGGCGUCAACUAUGAGUACCUCCCCCACCAAGACGUUGAAUUCGAAGGGGGACCAUACCAUCUGGACCAAGUGCAGUGGCAAGACUAAGAAUCGUGCGACAGAGAUGGUCAUGGCUGAUUCGACGAGCAAGCAGUACCCAUUGUUUCUGGUGUUAAAGACCAAGGCGUCGAAGAUCAAGUCCGUCGUGCAGAAGAACCUGGUGCAACGGCAAGGGCUCGGCAAGAAUUUGUGGAAGGACGCGCGACUGCGUCAGAUGUGGGUGGCCUUUUUCCCCAGUAUUCUUCGGCAAGUCCUACGAAGCAAGGCGAAGAAGGAGACGUUACAGCUUGAAGCCCCGAAGCGUCCGACUCCUGUGCAAUGGAUUACGGAAUCGUGGUCAGAUUUGGAUGAAUUCAUCAUCAUGAAUGGCUUCGAUAAUCGCAAGAUUGUGGUUCAAGAGGAGGAAAUUGCUGAAUCGCCUGAAGAUGCGGGCUCAGCGCACAUGUUGUCUGAAUUAGUAGCGCGGUGCGCUAUUGAUGACACAAUUGAUCCAAUGGACGAUAUGGAUGUCAACAGUAACGACGAAUAA